AUCUCAAUUUCAACAGCUUUCAAAAGAAUGAGUGCCAACAGAACUGUCACAGUUUUUUCAUCGUCAGCAGAGGAUCAAGAGCCGAUCGAAUUGGCUGAAGACUCACUUCAAAACUUGGACAAAAUGCUGGCUGAGGAAAAAGAAGAACACCAGUUGUUGAAGGACGAAGUUGUGCUUCUCAGAAAGGAAAACGUGGAAGCCAAGACCUACUCCACAUUAUUGGAGAUCAUGCUUGACGAAGCCGAAGAAAAAGCAUCGUCCGCUCAAGAAACGACCUCCGAAGAAAACAAUCUCAAAAUUUUGAACCGAGAUCUUGUGGCCGAAAACUUGGAAUUGAAAGAGAUGAAAGAGGAGCUCAGAAAGAUCUGGUUGAGCGACUCGAAAAAAUUUCAAGAAGCUCUUACGCGGAUCUCAGAUGAGAAUACAAAACUUCAAAAAGAUUGUCACGAGUUGGAAUCGAUUCGGCAAUGUGCCCAGUUUGCAUUGGAUAACUGUAACGAGGAGCUCGAGAAAACCCAAACGGAAAACGAAGAGCACGAGAGCCGCAUUGAGACGCUGGAACGUGAAGUUUGUGAAAAAGAUAUUGCCAUGAAAGAUAUUGUUGAGCGGAAAGACGAGAUUUCGCUUCAACUGGAAUUGCAGACAAAGGAGUUCACAUCUGCAUUGAAUGAUCUGAUGUAUGGAAGAGAAGACACCUUGAAGCAGAUCCAUCAAAUGAAGGAAAACUGGAAGGUCAAGCAGAAUGAAUUUGAAGUUGAAAUUACAAAGUUGAAGAGUCAAAAUGACUACUUUGACUCUGAACGAUUGCAAUUGACUGACCGAAUUAGAGCUUUGCUCAACGAGUUGUCCGAUGUUCGCCUGGAACUUGGCUCUACUCGUUUGGCAAUGAAGGAAAAAGCUGAAGUUACAGAAGCGGUGACCAGUUUCAACAAAGAUCUUCGCGAUAAGUUGGAAGAUGAAAUUGCAAGACUCGGUGAAUGCUUACAGUUCAGAAAGGACGAACACGAACAGGAUGAAGCAGUCAUUGCUCAUCUUGAAGAACAACUCAAACUUGGCAGUGAUAAAGCUGCUGCGUUUUCCAGCGAGCACAGUGACACGAUUGAGUUGCUCCGUGAGUCUGAAACCGAACUGAUGGAGCUCAGAAUGGAGAAUUACGAUCUGAAGGAGGACUUCAAAAUUUUGAAGGAGGAGAAAGAAGAUGUCAAUCGCACAUGUGAAUGUCUCCGCGAACAAUUGAGCACAACAAUUCAGGAGCGGGACAUCGAAAAAGGCCAGAUGCAGAGUGAGAUGGAUGCAAAAAUGGUUGCUGUGCAUCAACAGUACGCCAAGCAAAUUGAUAAUAUGAAGUACAAUCAUAUGUUGGCAAUUAAUCAGGAGUUGAUCAAAGGACAAAUGGCUCUGGAAUCUGGGAAGAAGAAGCACGCCAAUGAGAUUUUGACGGUACGAAACGAACUAGAGCAAUCCAAUGCUGCUCAUCAAAGCUUGAGAGACCAGUGCAGUUUGCUUUUGAGCUCCGAAGAUGAUCUCAGAACCGCACAUUUGGCUUUAGAAAGCAAAAUGACUCUCGUUUCUGAAGAAUGUAUUGCACUCAGAGUGUCUCGAGCUAAUGCUCAGAAAGAAAUUGGAAAUUUGACUGAACAUCACAAACUUGAAGUAGCACUCUUGGAAGAUGCGAAAUCCGGAAUCCAACAACGUCUCCAUUACGCCACUAUUGAAAUCGAGCAGCUAAAAAAGAUCAAUGAGGUUACUCAAGCCCAGUUUAAGAAGGAAACAGAUGAGAAAAAUGCCGAGAUUAACGAAUUCCAAGCUGCAAUGGUAUCAAUGAAACAGCAAUACAAUGUUCUUGGCAAUCAUUGUCGCGUUCUGACAUCUCAAGGAAUCUCGGAUCGUACCACAAUUGACAAACUCCAGGAAACCAUUCGCGAGCACACAGAACUUGCAAUCGAAACGAAGAGAAUUCACGAUGCAGAGAUUGUUCAGUUGAAUGAUGCUCAUAAGAAGUUGGUGGAUAAUUUGGGAGUUGAAGAACUCGACGAGGAGCCGAAAGCAUCAACGGAAUCGGAAGAGAAGGCUGAAUGGGAGAUGGUCGACGAAGAAUAACAAUUUUGAUUAAUUUCUUGUUCGUUUUUGUUUCUAAAUUGCACACUUUACUGUACAUUGCAAAUUGUUUUUGUCUUUCAUGCCCGCCUAAAUUGUUCUCAAUUUGUUAUUACAAUUUUUUCUGUUUAAAUAAUCAAUUUUUCCUUUUUUGAAGAAUUUUGAGUUCAAUAAAUCCAUCGU